ACGCAAACAUUGUGUAGCCCGUUUCCCGGGUAACGGCCGCAGGCUCCGGUGUGAGGGACGGGAAGCAGGAAUAUUCUCAGCAUAAACCUCGCUGAAUAUUACCGCCUUUCGCCAUGCCGAAGAAAACUAAAGGAAAAGGGAAGAAAGAUGCUAAGUCUGAUCCAAAACUGUCCACGGAGUCGGAUGCGGAAAAGGCAAAGGCAAAUGCUGCUUUGUGGGAAUCCAGGUUGAAUGCUGUGGAGCAGUCUCGCGUGGAAUAUCGUAACACAGCACAAAUGCUUGCCAGAGCCAAUGAAUCUUUAAUGAACGAUCGGUCUCAAGUGGAGAGGGAUGCUAUGGAAGUGAUCUCAUAUUUAAAGAAACAAGACACGGAGAAAGAGACAAAGAUCAGCCAUCUUCAACAGCAGAUAACAGAACAAAGGCGGCAUGCAAUUGAUGAGAAUAAGAAAAUAAUCGAAAUCCAUACCCAACAAUCUGAGUUUAUGCAAAACAAAAUGUCACAAAAGGCGAAGGAAAUGCAACUGAUUCAACGGGAACUAAACAAAGUCAAAGUAUUCAGGAAGAAACAGGUUUCCCUGGAAAAUGAAUUGGAUGAUAUAAAAGACACCAUGAGCACAUCAAACAGAGAACACCAAGAAACACUGAGACAGCUGGAAAAUAAAUUCUUUGAUGAAAAGCUUCGUCUGGAGCGGGAGGCAGAACAGAGACUGAAUCGGCUGACUGAGCAGGCUCACACUGAAGCCAUUAUAAAUCUUGACGACAGGGCUCAGUGUGUCUUUAAAGAAAAUGUAAGACUACAUGAGACAAUUAAGAUCUAUAAAAUGGAAGAAGCACAAAGAAGGAAGGAUUACAAGGAGCUGGAAGUAAAAAACACACGGGUUGUCAAUGACAAGGAGAUCAACGAGCUGUUAAUCAAAGAGAAGGUGUCCGACAGCAGACAGCAGAAAGGGAAGAUCAAUGAACUUCAAACAAAAGUUGAGAAGCUGGAGAAAGUGUUGGGACACAUGGCAGCCGAGUUUGAGACAGCAAAACAGCAGAUGAAGCAGGAAAUUGAACUUAGAAUGGCGACCAGUCAGGUAGAGAUUGAAAGGCUUGGGGCAGUAGUUAAGUUGAAAGAUAAAGAGAUGAACCGAGUGAAGAAACUGGCGAAGAACAUCCUGGACGAACGCACUGAUGUGGAGAUGUUUUUUCUUCAAUCCCUUGAAGAAGUGAGACAACAGAUUGCCUAUAGUCGGGCUCAAUAUAAACAAGCGGCUCAAAUUGCGUUUCAGAGAAAAAUGUUAAGGGCGUUUACUGGCAAGGAGGAUUAUCCCCAAAUCAGGACGUUCGGCAAAAAUGAGUACAGCACAAACUGCGUGUACCAAGAUAUGGAAGAAGCUGAGCACGGCAUUCACGCUGGGAAAGUGAGUAUCUCGGAUUUGACCUGGGAGCAGAAGGAGAAGGUUUUACGCCUUUUGUUUGCCAAGAUGAAUGGAUGGAAAACAAACAGGAAACUGAAUAAUGGAAGCCAGGUCCCUUCAGUAUCUGAGAGCGUAUUGAGCAUAAAAGAGAGAGAACAAAUAAGUGAAGAAGUAGAAAACCCCAAUCCCACUUUUAUCACCCAGACUCCCGUUGAACCUGUUGCAAACCAAAUUAACGUUGUAUCGGAUCAACAGCCUUCUAAACAAAUUACAUUGCCUGAAAUUAUACUGACGUAAGAAAUUGUAAAAACUGUUUUAUGGUGGAUUGGUAAUCCCAAAAUGUGUAUUAAAAAAAAAUUCCUAAAAUGAGAGUGCAGUUAAAGUGUGCACAACAAUGAGUAAAAAAGUGAUUUUUAAAAAUGUAA